AUGGCACCAAGGAGAUACACUGGUUGGCAGCUGUUGUUUUUCAUCUUGUUGCAGUUUUGCUUGAGCCAAGAGGAAACCACGGAGGUGAGCAAGGGAUAUGCUAGAGCCAAAGCCAAAGUAGUUCAGAGUCGGCAGCAGACUGAUGAUAAUGGUUCCAGGAGGGCGGUUAAAAGAGGGCAGAGUGAGACUUUUAAUGGAACAGAUGGCAUUGGUACUUCUUCAAGUCAAACAGAGGGACAACCAGGGAAAGUUACACAGGUACUAGAACAGCCAACGGGAAACAGAGACCAGGAAUCAUAUGCUCCACCACACUUACCGGACUGCACACAGUGCUGCAGGGGGGAUUUUGGACAGCGUGGAUAUCUUGGACCACCUGGCCCUCCUGGUCCUAUUGGACUGCCAGGAAACUAUGGAAACAAUGGGAACAAUGGAGUACCUGGCCGUGAUGGGCCAAAAGGUGAAAAUGGAGACAAAGGCGAGAUAGGACCCCGAGGAGAGCGUGGAGUUCAAGGUCUAAAAGGAGAAAAAGGAUCACAUGGAAUUCCAUCCGAGCUUCAGAUUGCAUUUAUGGCAUCCUUGGCCACUCACUUUACCAAUGAAAACAGUGGAAUCAUUUUUAGCAGUGUGGAAACUAAUAUUGGAAACUUUUUUGAUGUUAUGACUGGAAGAUUCCAUGCACCUGUAACAGGUGCUUAUUUUUUCACCUUCAGUAUGAUGAAGCAUGAAGAUGUUGAUCAAGUGCAUGUUUACUUAAUGCACAAUGGGAACACAGUUAUCACAAUGUACAGCUACGAGGCCAAAGGCAAACAUGACACAGCAGGAAACAGUGCCGUGCUGAAGCUAGUGAAGGACGACGAGGUUUGGGUGAGAAUGGGAACAGGGGCACUUCAUGGAGACCACCAGCGCUUCUGUACCUUCUCUGGCUUCCUGCUCUUUGAGAACUAACCAUACAGCAAACUGACCAUACCGUUAGAGUAGUGUGCUGAAGAGCCCAUACAGUUAGUGUAGUGUUCUGAAAAGCCCAUUCAGUUAUGACCUAUUGACCCAGAAGACCAUAUUCACAAAACCUGUUUUUCUAGAGAAGUUUUUCGACAUAACUUUAAACACUAAUACAAUGUAAGUACAUUUAUUUUUUCACUGUGUGUUGGUUAUACCAAUAUAUCUUUUUUCAAGGUCAUGAGUUUGUUUUUUUUUGUUUUUUUUAAUACAAGUCUUGCAAGGUUCUAAAAUUCACUUGUAAGUCCUUAAAUUCCUUCUCCCCUUCAGCGCCAUGCAACGGGCAGCGGUGUCAUGUUCCUGGGGGGUGUUCGGUCAGUUCCACUUCCCCAUCUUUUUAUCCCCAAGACCCACAUUUGUUGGCAUGGGGCUCCAGGUGGUGGUGGACCGAAGGCUCCAAAGGUUUUGGAACCGAUACCAAAGUUACUUCGCUUCUAUCAAUUGUCUUCCAGUUGGGCUUGUUUGCAACUUUUAUUUAGUCUUAGAUCCAAGCUUCCAAUUCAGUUUAAUUCUCAACAUGGUUUAAUUGGCAAGCAUACAACUUAUAAUUUGUGUCACAUUCUCUAUUUGUGUUUCAUUUUCAGAUUCACUAAAACUUUUAAUCCUAACUUUUUAUCCCAGUGCUUUUU